UCAUUUGUACCACGUGUAGAGAGGACUUCUUCUCUAUACAGAGUGCGCGUUUGUAUUUCGAAAAAAGUACAAAAUAGUAUUUUAAUUUACAUUCUCAUCUAUGAAAAGUAGUACAGUUUUUUACGUACUGAAAGUUAAUGACUUGCUCUUAAUUGGACUAGGAAAAAAUUAAGGUGUUGACCAAGUAACGUUAUCAAAAUAGGCUACUACGAUAGAAACAUAAAAAUGACACUACAAGCAUCAGGCGCACCUGUCAGAUAUGCUAUCACUUCCGAAUGGGAAAGGAUACCCUAUUACAGAAAUGUACAUCAGUCUUAUGAUGAUGAACUACCAAGAGAUCCUAGGCAGUGGACCAGAGAAAAUGUGGCCCAAUGGCUUAGCCAAGUAACUUCACUGCACAAUCUUCCAGAGAUUCCAUCUUCAAGGUUUCUUAUGAAUGGUAAAGCUCUUUGCCUUAUGUCUCCCAGCAUGUUUCUUAGCAGAGUUCCUCUAGGCGGUAAACUACUAUACAAAGACUUCCAGCUGAGGUUGUGUGCAGCCUUGUACUCUAGAAGCUAACUGAGUUAGUUAUUAUAUAGUGAUAAAUCCUUAAGUAUUUACUUGCAAACCAGAGUAGGUACAGUUGCCAUCAAGUUAUUGCAGCAAACCUAAAUCUUAAGCUUAUUACAAAGUCAUUUGUAUUUGAGUGGUGUGGUUAAGUUUCCGGCACAGGUAAAAAGUAAUAAAAUGUUAAUUUAUUGUAUUACUUGUCAAAUAUAGGAAAGAGUUUGAGAAUCUCACAAUCGCCAUAACACCGCGUGGCGAUUGUAAGAUUUUCAAACUCUUUCCUAUAUUUGACAAGUAAUACCGGGUGUCCCAAUAAGAAUGGCUCUCGGCCAUAUCUCAGGAACCGCUUAUAAUACAGCUUUGAGAAAAAAAUAUUUAUAACUAAAGUUGCCUCGGGAAAAGCCUGGAAAUUAUUUUCAUAAUUGUAGGUCCACCGCUAGAGGCCGUAAUUGAAUAUCAAAAAUUUAAAAAUCAAAAUUUUACAAAAUUUACCUAAUGAAAGGGCACUGGAAAUUCAAUAAUCGUAUUCUUCUCAUAAAAUUCUGCGCAUAUUUGAUUUCACAAGUUUCAAGUCUACCUCGCAAAUAAGAGGUGGGGGUGAGUGGGAACCUUCUUAUGAAAAAAUGACUGUAAGUCCGGUUCUGCUAAAUCGAAUUUUGCAUACUUAUGGUCUUGUUAAAAACAGCUCUUUUUCGUCAAUAUAAGUCUCUUAUUUUCGAAAUAGCCUAAUAAGUAAUAUGCAAGCUAGGAGGCGUUAUUUAAUUAUUUUCAGAUUGAACAGCAGUCUCAAUUUUUGCUUUCGCAAUGCUUUGAAUGGCGUUUCGUACUCUCUAGAUUAUAGAUAAUGUUUUCUCGAGUAGUGGGCCUAGCGGCAAAAACAAGGUCUUUAAUCCGUCCCCAUAAAUAAAAGUCUAAAACAGUUAAAUCUGUCGUUAUUCAAUCUACCCUUGAAAGAGUAAAUGCUUGCAUCGAAAAUGAUGGGCAACAAUUUGAACAUUUAGGCAGUCACUAAGACAUAACUAAGUAGUUGCUUUUAUUUCUUUGUUAUAUUUUAUAGUGUUGUUUGUCUUAUUGUUCUUUUAGUUAAUUAUAUACGUUUACAUCUGGAAAAUGUUUCUGUGUUUUUUCCAUAGCACACUACUUUUCCUUAACUUCGUUUAACGGUGACAUUAACAGUUGUUUAAAAUUUACACGUUUCUUAAGAUAUCUCGAGAUAGAAAAAAGGUAUCGACAUGCGGUUUUCGGUAUUGUGUUGCUAAUUUGGUCUAAUUUUGUAAUAGAGGAUUAAAAAUGCAUACUUGUAUUUAAUAUUUUUAAAAGAAAACUAGAUUUCCGAAAAUAAUUAAAUAUCGCCUCCUAGCUUGCAUACUACUUAUUAGGCAAUUUCGAAAAUAAGACACUUACAUUGACGAAAAAGAACUGUUUUCAACAAGAGCAAUUAUUCAAAAUUCGAUUUAGCAGAACCGGACUUACAGUCAUUUUUUCAUAAGAAGGUUCCCACUCACCCCCACCUCUUAUUUGCGAGGUAGACUUGAAACUUGUGAAAUCAAAUAUGCGCAGAAUUUUAUGAGAAGUAUACGAUUAUUGGAUUUCCAGUGCCCUUUCAUUAGGUAAAUUUUGUAAAAUUUUGAUUUUUUAAUUUUUGAUAUUCAAUUACGCCCUCUAGCGGUGGACUUACAAAUUAUGUAAAUAAUUUCCAGGCUUUUCCCGAGGCAACUUUUGUUAUAAAUAUUUUUUCUCAAAGCUGUACUAUAAACGGUUCCUGAGAUAUGGCCGAGAGCCAUUCUUAUUGGGACACCCGGUACAUUUAAUUAUUAUACCUGCUAUUCAGUAUGUUCACAUCUUGAAACUGAACGACACCACUCAAAUACAAAUGAUUUGUAAUAGACUUAAGAUUAGUUCUGCAAUAACUUGAUGGCAACUGUACUCUAAUGUACUUAUAGUAUUUAAAAAACGAUGGCAUCUAUUAAUUAAUUUUAUGUAGACAUAUGGAUACUUCUUUAGACUUUGUUAUACUAUCACAUUUGGAUAACCAAUCUAUAAACAGAGUUAUAGACCAGGACUAAUCUGUAAAAAAACGUGUAUUUUUGGAUGUGAGAGGUGGCAUUCGGAUUUUUGCAGAUGAAGUUAGGUGACACCUUCAGUAAUAAUAAUUGACUUAUGCUCCUUCUCAAAUAUGCCCGGAACAUUAAUAAAAAAAUUAAAAUAUUUAAAAAUUUCGAAAAACAUCGAUUUUUUCUGCUUUCUUUGCUUAUAACUUUAAACCGGUUCGUUUUGAAACAAAGUUGUAAAGAAAUAAAAUAAAGAUAAUUGAAUUUUGUAUGAUAUACGACUGGCCAAAAAUGUCUUAAGGUAUUACCUUUUCUGCAAUAUAGCAAUAAAUACAAAAUAAGGGGGCAAAAUACGUCCGUUGUUAUUCAAUGUUUCUUAACCACUUUGGUGGCACUUAGAACCUUAGUAAUUCGCUUAGAAAAUUCUUAUAACUUACUUAAAUGGUCUACCAAAUUUCAUUAGAAUCGACCUAAUAGAUUUUGCUUAAUAAAUUUGCAAUGUAAAUGUUUUUAAAAAAGUUCAAAUUUUUUAAAAUCUUUCUGAACAAAAAGUAGACCAUUUAGAAGUUGGCUAAUUAAGAGGUGCUCUACCUAUCUAAUACACUUUACAGAAUUAAAAUCGGAUCAUUUAAGGGGCCUCAGCAAUGUUUUAAAAUUAUAAACAAUUUUUGGCUUAUAAACAAAUGGCUUUGUUUAAUGAUAAAAAAAUUAAUUUUUAGCAAUGCAAAUAAUUAAAACCGGUAUAAUUUAACUUAAACUUUCAAAUGCUGUCAGCAGAAUUACUAUUUUAUUUUUUAAUCAAAAGUUAUUUUCGUUCAAAAAUUGCAAUUUUUCGAUUUUUUUAAUGUUCCACUGCGUUUAUCUCGAAAACUAUGCAUCCUACGAAAAAACUUGUAAGAACAUUUUUUGCUUAGAAUUACCCAAGAAAUACAAAAAAAUGUGUUAUUUUGCGAAAAAUCGAUGUUAUGUAAUUCCUCAAGUUCUUUGUUUAUAACAAUCUUAUCGACAUCCGGCUCAACUGUUACCCAAAAAAUUCGUGUUCUACGGGUCAAAAUACAUAAAAAAACUUGGGUAAGUCCGUCUAAAUAAAGGAGCCCGUAGCACCCCCUCCUGGACACAGCACUAAUUUGUUUAUAAGCCAAAAAAUUGUUUAUAACUCUAAAACAUUGCUGAGGCUGCUUAAAUAAUCCGAUUUCAAUUCUGUAAAGUGCAUUAGAUAGGCGGAGUGCUUCUUUAUAUGUAAAAAAAUUGACAAAUCUUUGUAUGUUCUAGUUUUUGUUGUGGAAGAUUUAAAAUUUUAAUUUUUUAAAAAAAGUUUCAAAAUUAUUAUGCAAAAUCUAGUAAGUCAAUUUUAAUGAAAUUUGGUGGACGGUUUUAGCACAUUACAAAAUUUUUCUAAACGAAUUAGGAAGGUUCCAAGUGUAACCUAAGUGAUGGAAAAACAUUGAAUAAGGACAGGCUUGAUUGCACCCUUAUUUUAUAUUUAUUGCUAUUUUGCAGCAAGGGUGUUAAAUAAAGACAUUUUUAACCAAUCGUAUCUGAUAGAAAAUUUAAUUAUCUUUGUUUUAUUCCUAUACAACUUUGUUCCAAAAUUAAUCGUUUUAAAGUUAUAAGCAAAGAAAGUAGAAAAAAAACGAAAUUUUUUGAAAUUUUUAAAUAUUUUAUUUUUUUUAUUAAUGUUUCGGUCAUAUUUGAGAAGGAGCAUAAGUCAAUUAUUAUUAACGAAGUUAUCACCUAACUUUAUCCGCAAAAAUCCGAAUGCCACCUCUCACAUCCACCUAAAAAACAGAUCCUUCCUGGUCUAUUAGGUAGGUAUAUUAUGUGUAGAAUCAGAUUGAAGAUCUUUAGAUUUGAAGUAAUAUUGAAAAAUAUUUGAAAAGUUUGUUUGUUUAUCUCUACGGAAAAGGAAAAAUUCGAUAGUUGUCAAUAUUCAAUAUAUUUUAUAAAACUUAUAGAAAAGAAAUAUUACCUAAUUAAGCGUUUUGAACAUAUUAGAACAAUCUUGAAACUAAAAAAAAAAUACUUCAUAUCAGAGUACCUACCCCACAGGUGGGCUACAAUGUUAAACAGUAUUUUUAUGAACGACAGUUUUAUGGACUCCAUAAAUGUUAUUUCUAUAAAUUUUAAUUACAAUUUACGCCGUUAUUAAUCAAAAUUCAGAAUUGGUGCAAUUAUAUGAAAUGAUUGUAAUUUCGAGACGAGUCUAUUCAUGCAAAUUUUAUUUUAUUUGAGUGACAUUUUUUUGAAAAUACGUACUAAAUCUAAGUCUUCAUUAAAUAAUUCUCGUUUAUUUUUAAUGUGGUUAUCCAUCUUCAAUAUAAUCAUUACAGUAUCCAAGUGUGUCUACGAAAGAAGUAUGAGUAUCUAGAGACUAAAUAAUACACUGUUUCCUAUUAAUUACAUAAGUAUUUAGGUUUCAUAUAAUUUAACAAGUCACUCACUGCAGCUAAAGAUGGGGUUUUCAUUUACUUUCAAUGUAUCUUUAUCAUGUUGUGUAUUAUUCAUUUACUAGAUAUUCCUAAAUUCUUGUGAGUGAUCUACCUCGUAUCUUAUGAAAUUUGUUUUAUUAUGUAAUAAAAAUAUGUUGUAAUAUUUACGACUGAAUCUAAAAUGUUUGUAUUUUUUAUCAUUAAGUAUAUGUUAUAUUUGUAUAUUUUGUUUUGCCUAGUCAUGUACAUAAAUCAGAAAAUAAAGGGACGAUAAAUUA